GAUAUUCCGUACUCCAUCUUCAGUUCUUCACAUCACGAAUCCUACGAAUCCCCGACAUCCCACCAUAAGGAAGCUCGACCUCUCAACCUCCUCCAAUCACCCCAACCAUGCCCCCCCAAAUCAAACAAGACCUCAACCGCUCCGGCUGGGAAACCACCGACUUCCCCUCCGUUUGCGAGAACUGCCUCCCCGACAACCCCUACGUCCAGAUGCUCAAAGAAGACUACGGCGCCGAAUGCAAGCUCUGCACGCGCCCCUUCACAGUCUUCCGCUGGAAAGCCGAUCGCACCGCCCGCCAGAAGCGCACCGCCAUCUGCCUGACGUGCGCGCGCCUGAAGAACUGCUGCCAGACGUGCAUGCUCGACCUGUCAUUCGGGCUGCCGAUCGUGAUUCGCGAUGCCGCGCUGAAGAUGGUGGCGCCGGGGCCGAACAGUGGGGUUAAUCGGGAGUAUUAUGCGCAGGAGCAUGAGAAGGAGAUCGAGGAGGGGAGAGGCGCGGUGGAGGCGUAUGAGAAGACGGAUGAGAAGGCGCGGGAAUUGUUGAGGCGGUUGGCAAAUAGUGAGCCAUUUUAUAAGAAGCAGAGGAGAGAGGAGUUAGAGGCGGAGGAGGAGGGGAGCGGAGGGAUGAAAGCCCUACCGGCGCCAGGCAGUUCAGGAGAGUCGCGAACACCCGGACCGAUUCGAACACGGGACUCGAAAGCGAUGGUAAGCGGCCGAGCAGCCGGAAGAGGCGGAGCCACACGCCCAUCCGCCACGAAACCCAUCGCCCCCUCUGACAUCCUCCCCCCCUCCGACCCUAACGUAACUUCCCUCUUCCUUACCGGCAUUGAAGACGACCUCCCGGAGCACGCCAUCCGCGCCUUCUUCUCGACCUUCGGGACGCUGCGCUCUCUUGUCUGCUCGCACCGGUCGCACUGCGCAUUCGUCAACUACGUGAAGCGUGAGUCCGCCGAAGGGGCAGCGGAGGCGUGUCAGGGGAAGGCGGUCAUCAAGGGCGUGCCGUUGAGGGUGCGGUGGGGGAAGCCCAAGCCGUUGGAUACGUUGGAUCGGGAUGAGCGGUUGGCGAAUGCGAGGGAUGGGAGGGCCGUGGCGGGGCCGUCGAGGGGGAAGGGAAGGAUGCUUACGGAAGGAGAGAAGGGUGCGGAGGAGUUGGAUGAUUUGGCUGCGGUUGCGCCGCCGCCGGGGGGUGAAGAUGCGGUGCAGUAUGCGAGCUUGGCUGGGGAGUGACGGAUCAUUCUCUUAGAGAUGUCACAUUGCAUGGGAAGGCGUUCAGCGACGUUCAUUUAUCACGGGAAAAGCAUUACGGCGCAGGACAGAUGGGUCAGGAUCUAAAUGCUUUGGUAUUCGUCGGGUGGCUCUUCUUCUUGCCCGCCAACUUUAUCGACUCGUUAUCCCCUCGCUCGGUACGCUCAUGUAUCCGGAGUU